GUUUCCAAUAAUGAUCACGAAAUUUGUACCGUUUUUUCUAGCUUUCGUAGUUCAAACAAAUGCCGAAGAGUGCAUUGACCACAGAUUUCAUGGUUCAGAAAUUAUGAAAUGCUGUUUAAUGCCGUCUGGAUUACCACCGGAAUCACUAACGGGGUGCAUAAAAGAAGCAGAGCAGAAAGUUCCUGACAAAGAUUUAAAGAAUUACUUUGCAUGUGUCUCUGAAUGCUUCUUGAAAAAAGUUGGCGUGUUGGUCUAUAAUAGUGUUAAUAUGAAACAAGUCGAAAGAUACAUGGAAGAACUGGAGCCAACUGCCAGGGACUUAAGAAUGGAUGUUUGGGAUGUUUGCGCGAAAGCCGUACCCGGAAUUUUGAAAAAUAAUAUCGGGCACAACCUGAAGUGUCAUCCGUUAGCCUCUCAAUUAAAAACCUGUGUGAGCUACUUGACAAACCGUCACUGUCCCGCAGUAUAUUUGAAUGACCAAAGUGAAAUAUGCAGAAAAAUACGUUCCGGAGUUAAACCUUGUGAAAAUUGAUGCAAUAGCAAAACAUGCAAACCAGGUUUUUGUGAAGAACCCGAUCAAUGGGGGGGUGGAGGAUUUUUUUUUUAAUUCUGAUUUAGCUGAAACUAAU